UUAAAUUCUAUGUUUCUUGCUGGGAUGGGUAAAAGACUAAAAGGCAUUUCAACAAGGCAACACCUACAACUGAGACUGAGAGGCUAAAAAACAAUGGCCAGCUUUGUUCUGCGACUGCCCACCGGCAACUUGAGAAGCUUCUCCGUUCAUUCUUCGUCAAACGGGGCUCCUCCGGGUAGUGGCUCACAAAAUGGGGGGCCAAUGAUCUUGGAGCUUCCACUUGAUAAGAUUAGGAGACCCCUAAUGCGCACCAGAUCAAAUGAUCCUAACAAAGUCCAGGAACUCAUGGACAGCAUUCGACAAAUUGGACUUCAAGUGCCUAUCGAUGUGCUUGAAGUUGAUGGAGUUUACUAUGGUUUCUCUGGUUGUCAUCGGUAUGAAGCUCACCAGCGCCUUGGGCUCCCAACAAUCCGUUGCAAAGUUCGACGAGGAACCAAAGAAACUCUCAGGCAUCAUCUUCGUUGAAUGGAAGUAUAUGCUCUUAAAGUGCAUUUCACAACUUUGAUUAUGCACUUCUCAGCUGGUUGGAAGUUGUUUAUUCUCAACCUAUAAUCAAGUUUGUAUGUUAGUGUUUCAAACAACUUCACAGCAAGAAAUAACCGAUAGUCAUAUACAGCGUGUGUAUACAUAAAUAUUGCCUUUCAGUCGAAAGAAGUAAAGAGAACAUUCCUGCAA